AUGGAGUUAUUCAAAAUAGCUGACAAAUUUUCUGGUAUUUUAUCAUUUGCAAAUAUUCGUGCUAAAGCAGAUGAUUUUCUUAUUGAUCGUCUAAGUUAUAAAUUUACAACAAAUGUAUUAUGUUUUUUUGCGAUAUUAUGUGGUGUUAAAACAUCGUAUUCAGUACCUAUUAUUUGUUGGAUACCUGCACAAUUAAGAAAAUAUGAAAAAGCGAUAACAGCUUAUUGUUAUGCGAAUAAUACAUAUUAUGUUCCAAGUGAUCGACGAAUACCUUCGACAGCUAAUGAACGAUAUGAAUCAUUGAUAAUUUAUUAUCAAUGGUUGCCGUGGAUUCUUGGCGCACAAGCAAUUCUUUUUUAUCUACCAAAACUUAUUUGGUUCUUAUCACUUUCAGGUAGUCGACAUGAUGUCAAAGCUUUAUUGAAUACAGCAAGUAAAAUAUAUGUUGUACCUGAUUUUCAAAAGAAAAAACCAAUAUCAUCAUUUCGUGAAGAUAAACUUGUUUAUUUAAAUUCUCAAUUAUUUAGUGGAGAAGAUGAAGGUAUUAUUCCUCGUGGAGCCCGUCGACAUCCUCGUAGUCGAAUAUUUUCAUGUUAUUUUAUUAUAUGUUAUAUUGGUGUAAAAUUUUUAUAUUUCGUAAAUUGUUUACUUCAAAUUGGUUUAGUUCAUCUUAUGAUUGGUACACGUCCAUUGGGUUUACAUCAUUUUAAUCAUUUAAAACAGGAUACAUUUGAAACACAUUUUCUUGCUCAAUUCGUACAAAAAAUAAGUUCAGGUGUAUCGGAAUUAAUUGAUACAAGUUCAUUUCCAAAACGUACACUUUGUGAUUUUACAUUUCGUGAAUUAGCAUCUAAUCAUGCUUAUACUGUUGAAUGUAUUUUACCAUUAAAUAUUAUUGUGGAAAAAAUGUAUGUAUUUUUAUAUAUUUGGUUUAUAUUAUUAGGAAUAAUAACAUUAGCUGAUUUUAUCAAAUGGAUUGCACAUUUAAUACAUUGUCUUGUAAGUAGUGAUAAAACACGUGAAAGUUAUGUACGAACACAUCUUAUUGAUGGAACAAAAUAUCCUGAUGAUAAAAUACAAUGUUUUGCCAAAGAACAUUUAACAGGCAAUAAUUACUUUUUACUUAAACUUUUAUCAAAAAAUAUUUCAACUUUUGUUGUUGUUGAUAUGUUAGAUUAUUUUUUUAAAACUGAAGCAAGUAAAAAGAAAAAUAAUUAA